UGGUUGAUGUUGGGACGUGCUGACUGUUCUGAGUGAAUGUGGGUUCAUUUCCUCCGUGUGUUUUAGGGAAUGGCUUCACACGGACGAGGCCGCUCCGCUGGUGGUUCCGCCCCGCACGGAGAGGAGCGUCGAGGGACGACGUCGUCGUCGGCAAGGGGAACGAGUCGGGGAGUUGGAGGUGGGGAGGAAGAACGACGUGCUCAAAACUUUUGGUGCGACUACAGCAAACGUGUCUGGUAUUUGGACUGGGCGAGCCAGGACGGCUCUAACCCGUUGCAACCACCGUGCGGGCCGCUCUUGUUCGUCGGCGUUCGCGCCGACAGAACGCGUCUCGCAGGGUCCAUCGUCCAGUGGGUCGACGAUGGCGAAUACAAUUUCAAGUUUACGUUGAAGAAGCAUUACAAAAGUGAUGGUUCUGUCGACGACAUCGCAAAGGGAUGCAAGGUUGUCGGGAGGAUGUUCGGCGGUGGUCCUGUUCGGUUCGCAGGAGGAGAGUGCUCUGAAAGGGAGAUGGGAGGUCAGGGUGGCCUGCUAGCUACGCCUCCUGAUCAAGAGGUCGGCAUGUCAGACGACUCGGAGGACGACCAUCCGCGUGCUCCUUUGAAACCGGGCUUGCAUGUAUCUCGCCGCCACGGUUUGCUUGGGGAGUCGACGCCACAUGGAGGUGGCGAUGGCGAACGGUUGCGACAGGGCUCAGAAUCGACGACUCCUCGUUGUCUGGUCGAAAGGAUCGAUUCGUUCGUUCGUGGCAUGCAGGUGGCCGAGGUUUCGCCUGGAGAUCGAGUGGGUGGUGCGCAGGCUCGAGAGGUGCGUUGGUCAGAUGGGACGACUCGCCGGGUCCGACCAGCGCCGGGGGAACUGCAGACGGAGUUGAGCCAGGAACGAGAAGCAAGUGAGAACGUCGCCGGUGAGGAGGAGGUGUCCAAGCAGGGGCUGUUCCGUGAGAGAUCGGCUGAAAAUACUCAGUCGGGAGGCAAGCACAACUUGUCGGAUGAGGAAGAGCGAGAGGGACUAGGUGCUCUGAAAAGGCAGAGAAAGGUAGGAGGGAGUGCUCGGACGCCAACAACACGAGAGGGCGGUUCCGUUGACAAGAGGAAAAGGGUUGGAGGUGGGGAUGAAACGCCAAAAGACUCGUCGACACAGCGAAGAACCGGUGAGUCUCUUGGGAAAAGGGCGAAAUCAUCGAGGGGGAAGAAAGCAGACGAGGGCGAUAGCGGGGAGGGGGAUGACGACGUGGAGAUUAACCUCAACGCCUUUAACCUCGACAAUGCGUUGUUCCUCGAGAUGCAGACAGGGGUGCAGAAGGACGUCGUGUUGCACAUCCAUCCCGAAAGAAUAUUAGCUAUUCCUGACUGGGAAGACGCGUACAACCACCGAUCCUUGGACGAGUUCCUCGUUGAUACCAUCGCGUCAGCUAUGAUCGACUGCUACGAACGUAAAGACAUGAGAUACACGAAGCCCAUUUUCGUUCUCACUCCGAUCGUCGCGCCUCCAGAGAACGGUGAGCCUGCUGUGCGCGUGCUGCCUGCUGACUUCGACAGCUCACACCCGGAGAGAUACCGGUAUUAUCCUGUGUGUGGACAGCAUAAUGCGAGGGCGGCGAUGAUGGUGAAAGACCAUCCCGUGUUUGAUUACUACAACUUCUGUAAAUGGCCGUUCAGACCGAUCUACUUCCCUGACGACGAGUUCGACGGCUACGCCCAUAUCAGCUGCGAAGACAACAUGAAAGACAAGAAGAAUCCACCGCGCUUGCAGGUGGACGACCCGUCGUUGAAAAAGGGCAGGGGGAAGCCAAAGAAAGGUGCGGAGGAGAAAACUUUCUACGUCCAAGUUCCAGAGCCGGAUGUCCACUCCUGGAAGGAAUUGGUGGACUUGACGGACCGCGAGAAGAAAAGGCUGUUGAACGGCGUCUUGAACCUUAACGUCGUGUGGGUUCAAACGAGUAGCAAAAAGUUGGCCGAGCAGGGGAAGUUCAGUGUCAAGGAGAUGGUCGACAUAAUAAAAAUGGACCGGAUUAUGCUGAGGCUGUGGCACUACGUGGAGUUCGAGUACGAGGAAAUGGAUAAGCGGGAGUGGAAUGCCAACUCCACGUUCUUCAGGUCCAAGAAGCAAYUGUUCGAAGAGUUYAAGGACAGAKGUCUCGACGACAAGCUUUGGAAYGAGAGCAGGAAAUUUUUCACGGACACCACAUACGUCAACAAGUGCCCUCAGUUUCUCGGGUGUCAACACGACAACAACAUCAAGAGAACGGCGGCCCUCGUCAACGACCAGCAUUUCCCGACGGAGUGGAAGCGUGUCGUCCUUUCGGUGAUCACUGGAGAUCGCGCCAAAGGCAAAAAAAGCCCUUGGGGCGUUGAUGAAUGCAUCAACAUUAUGUGGACAAGGACAAGCGCCUUGACGACGCUGGCCCAGUUUAACGUCGACCCGUUGAGUGCCAUAGAUCAUAAGCAGGCACUGGGAAAACUAGGGCAUCAGCUACGCUCCCACACUUGCGUGCUCGACUUGUACGGUGCUGUGGACCGUGCGGAAUGGGACUCUGGGGCAUUCGCAUCUCUGAGCGAGGAUCCUCGGUUACUGACUCACCCGGUGUACGAGGGAGCUGUCGCUGAAGACGACGACGCCGCUCUCCGGAGGAAACAGAAAGUGACACCCACGGAUGUGGAGGAGAAGUCUUUCAAGUCUUUGACUUUCGCGGACAUCGGAAACCUGACCCAGAGGGGGGCUCUGUACAAGGACGGCGAGUGGAAUCCGAAUCAAUUGUGCAAUCAACUUUUUUUCUUUUGUGGUGUGGCGGAUGCCGUGCUGUUCUUGGGCAAGCCGCACGCGCUGGUGGUGUGGAAUCUGCUUCAGCAGGGAAGGCAGGUCUUGGUCGUGGAUGGGGACACAACGCAGCUCGAAUACACCGUGCAGUAUGUCACCCAUGAAGUGUCGUUCAAGGCUUACCCAUGCGAUUUCCACCAUGUCGUGGUCAAGCCCGUUUAUGACCCGAACAAGGACAUGUUCUUCAAGUUGACUCCGAAGAAAAGGCGCCAGGUCUACUCCUUCCUUUACGGCGAACAACCAAGGUUGAGAUUUGACCCGCAGUACGUGGUGCGGAAGGAAGUCGCCAUUGCGGUCCUCUUGGGCUACCACGGAGCGAGUCGGGCCGGCGUUGUGAGCUUCAUUAAGAGGCUGGAAUAUGUCUUUUUUAACGAGGAUGUUGUCGAUCCGGCCGACUUCACUUUGGAUAAGUACAAGCUGGCAUUCGGUGAGGAGGACGACUUCAAUAUCGAGACUGAGCAGAAGGAGAGCGUUGAGGACGACCUCUUCGAUUUGGACGGGCAAUUGGUCAUCUUCAACGCCCAAUCAAAUAAAUGGCUAGAAGUGUCCUCCGCGUUCUACGCCCUUCCGUCAAGCCCGCCAAUUAAGCAAGUGAGUUGGGAGUUGCCUGGGGUCACCCCGCCGGCAGGAGUUGUGAAGCGCAAGUCUCGCGGAAAGGACGGCGACGGGGAUGGUGAAGGCGGCUGGCAACGAGGUACCGAAGGUGGAAGUGAACAGCGAUCGAGGAAACAGCGGUCUCCGGGGCACGCAGGUGGCGGAGAGGGGAGAAAGGGCAGCUGGGAGAAGAAGAAGCCUCGCAGCGGAGAGAAGACAAAGCAUCACAGAGGAGACGGGCAGGGGUCCGAUGUCGACCGUGACGAGGACGGUGGGGUUCUGGCGGUAACAGGCAGCACCUCAAUGGAGACGGGGAACGACUUGAGGCCUGGGUGUAUUACGCGGCCUGGCAAGAAGGACCCUGUGAUUAGCUCCACCAGCGAAACACAGUUUGUCGAUGCGGGUGUCGCAAAGCAUGGAACAUGCUUCGCUCAGCUCCAAAUACGGUUGGCGGACUGUCUCGGAUCAAUUCGAACCUUGGAGACGACCUCGUUGUCCGAAACUCAGUGCCUUCCGGGAAGCAAGACGACAACAUACCACGGGUCCGGCAGCGACAAGCUGGAACCGUGUUUCGUUUCGCCUCAAAAAGAAUUUCGGAUUAAUCCGAACCGCGAAGGCCGUGCCAUCGAGGGAGCACAGCUUUCUACAGAACUCGAACGGGUGGUCCGGGUUUCCGAAAACCCUGGCGACGAAAUUCAGAUUCAUCCGAACCAGGAAGCCGUGUCUGCCAUGACAGAUGAUCGGUGUCAGGAUGCAGUAAUGCUCUGCGUGGAAGCCCACAAGGAGAUGCAGGCGGACUGUUGGACUGAGGGUGAGUUGGCGACCAGUUCCAAUGUCGAGCCCAACACACUCGGAGCCGAGUUAGCAGUCGUAAGCGACUCCCCGGUGAAAGCGGACAUGUCGGCGUCAUUGGAAACUGCGGGGGCUCGGAUGAAUCCGAACCAGAGCCCUGUGAACAUCUCCCUCCCUGAUGCAUCUUUGGAGACGAACGUGAUUCAGAUUCAUCCGAGGCACGACGAAGGACUUCAACUGGCAGGCGUUGAGGGUUGUCGACUACUGACAACUUUGGACAAGGACAAUUCCGCCGACGACCAGAUUGAUCCGACACUCAGCAACGUCGGGAUGGAGCUACCAGUUCAGCCCUUCACAACGAGGCGAUGGGGGAGCACGUUCUGAAGAAGGCCUCUGACGCUGUUGGAGAUAGAUUUCUCUAUUUGAGUGACGACG